CAGUCUGCGCCUGCGCUUUUCUGUCACUCAAGCAAGGGGACAAAUGCAGUGAUAGGUUUCUGCACGUGAACUUUAAUAUUAUGGGUUUAAAGUGAAACAAUACACUGUGGAGACAUGUCGGUGGCUUUAUCACGCUGUCUGUGUCGGGUGUUAUCCCUACAGACAGCUCCGUCAAGAUUUCUACUUAAAGAGAAAGCCCAUGCUCUACAGAGUCCUUGGAUCGUACCAGUGAUGACACUGAAGACAACUGCUGCACUGAGAGCGGAGCCCAAAAAGAAGAAGAAAGUGGACCCAAGAAGGGAACAAAUUGCAAGAGAUAGGUUGAAAAAGAAGCUGAAGAGGCUGGAGAAGGUUCCACCUGAGUUCAUCCCGAUUGAAGAUUUCAUCACUCCUUCCAAAUGUUUGGAUGACACAAGGGUGCGAUCUCCACUAAGGCUGCAAUUUGAAGAGAGCGAGCGUCGUGCUCUGCUGCUGAAGGAGUGGAGUCGAUACAAACAGAAGCAGCACAUGGCUGAGGAGGAGGCUGUUGAACUUGCUCUAGAGGCUCAAAGGGAGGCGCUGGAGGAGCUGAAGCUGGAGUCUGAGGAGCUGUACCAGGCAGCACUGAAGCCAGACCUCCUCAUGUUUCCCUUCACACAUGAGGGUCCUACCUACACACCGCCAAAGGAAAAGUAUGAUGCUCCUGAUGGGAAAUACAACAACAUCACUAAAGUUUAUACACAGUGAUGGACAGGGAACAACUACUGGUGCAGCCUCUGUUUAUUGUCUUCAAUUUAGUGUAUUGUCCCUUUGUUUGUACAAUUCCAUGAGGCAAGGCAACAGCUUGUGUGUGUGGGAUUGAAUGAUACUUCUUUUCCUUUUUUGUGUCGAGUUUGUAAAGUCACCUCAUUUGUUAAUUUCUGUACACAAUUCUACAUAAUUCAUUGAAACUUUGCAUCAUAAUCAUCGCCAUCCACUUUAGAAUCUGUAUAAAAUAAUGAAUAAAAAUGUGUUUUUUUUA